UGAGGGAGGGCGGGAAGGCGUCGUCAGGCGGGGUGAGGGGAGCGCGGAGGGACGGGAGGAGAAAAGAGGCCGCCGCGAGGGCGGGAAGCCCGCCUUGAGGCACCACCUCACCUCAGUGCCCUCCUCACACGGGAAGACGCGCUGCGGCUUCCCGCACGGAGACCUCUCUGGAUUUUCACAUAGGAACGACAGAAGCAAGAGGGGGAUCUGGACAUAGUGCUCUGCUCUACUGCAGUGUAUGGGCUGCAGGCAGGGCAUUUACCUUUGUACAGAUCAUUGACAUGCUCCUAAGGCCUUUGUUGCAGCAAAAAUGUAAGAUUUUUCUUCUCUGGGGAUAAAGUGAUGGCUGAGAUGAGUAGUAGUAAUUUCAGCAAAACAACCACUAUUCAGCAGGCAGUGUCCUCUUGCUGCGGAGCUAUAAUUACAUCAUUGUUUGUAACUCCUCUUGAUGUUGUCAAAACUCGACUGCAAGCCCAAAGCAAUCCGUUCCCCAAAGGAAAAUGUUUUGUAUACUCCAAUGGCCAGAUGGAUCACACGUGUGUUUGUGAGAAUGGAGAUGGCAAGGCAUGCUAUAAAAGAAAUGGGCAUUUCAAAGGGACAUUGGAUGCUUUUGUGAAAAUUAUUCAAAUAGAGGGAAUUAAAUCUCUCUGGAGUGGACUUUCCCCAACGCUAAUAAUGGCCCUUCCUACCACAAUAAUCUAUUUUACCUGCUAUGAAAAACUGAGUGAAGCUCUGAGGUCUAGACUAGGAGAAGAUAAUGACCACAUUCCACUUGUUGCAGGUUCCUUCAGCAGAUUUGGUUCAGUUACUGUAGUGAGUCCCCUGGAGCUGAUCAGAACUAGAAUGCAGUAUCACACGUUGUCCUACAAGCAACUGCACUUGAGCAUCAGAAGUAAAGUGGCCAGAGAUGGGUGGCUUUCACUAUGGAGAGGCUGGAGCACCACUGUCCUGAGAGAUGUACCUUUCUCAGCAGUGUACUGGUAUAAUUAUGAACGUUUCAAGAAGAUGAUGUGCAAGAGUGCUGGUGCACGUGAACCAACCUUUUUUAUUGCUUUUACUGCAGGAGCAGCAUCGGGCUCUAUCGCAGCUGUCGUAACUCUGCCAUUUGACGUAGUGAAAACACAUAGGCAGACUGAAAUUUGGGAGAGUGAGACUUCACAAAAUCCACAGAGGGACUGUGCGUCUACCUGGGCAGUUAUGAGGAAAAUUGUUGCUAAAGAAGGGAUUGCUGGAUUAUUUGCUGGUAUUACUCCACGGCUGUUUAAAGUUGCUCCUUCUUGCGCCAUAAUGAUCGGCACGUAUGAAUAUGGGAAGGCUUUCUUCAGACAUUUAAAUGAAAAGACAAACCAGCAUCCUUAAGUCUCAUUCAUCCAAUUGCAUUAAGUCAAAAUACAUGGA